CCAUGUUCUGCGCUUGGUCUGUAAGAAGGACUCUUUCCAGCUGAAUUCCAGCUGCUUUUGCGUCUCCAGAGUCGUUCAGGCCUUCUAUUGCACUCACCUUCGAUCCGAGCCCAGUAUGGACUCUGCAGUGGCCCUGAUCACUGCGAUGAUCUGUGGGCCCUUGGCGUUGUACGCCGCGUUUGGUGCCUCCUACUUUGCGUCCUGGACAGAGGAGGAAGAGCUCAUGGAAUUGGAACGGCUCUACCGUGAGCGAGGCCGUGGAGAAAGUUUUGUGCUGUCCUCAUGGCGCUGGUGUCGAUGGGCGUAUUUUGUCUUUGACAUCUUGGUGGCGAUGUGGCUACGUUACUACUUGGAUUUGUACCUGGAUAUUCAAGCGAUGAAGAUCUUUUGGGAGCAUGGUGACAUUUGGUUCUUCGUGAGCAACUUCGGGGGCAUCGUGC